AUGAACACACGAGAGAUAAAAGAGACUGAUCAAACAUUUGCUAAUAGGUUAUUAACAAAUCCAGAACUUUAUACAGAAGAAGACACAGAAAGACUUAUUAAACUGUUGAAAGAGGAUGUUGGUAGUUUAUCUACAGCUGAUUCUGAGAAGGUUGAAAGUAUCAUGGUUAGGAAAGAAAUCCUGGUAUCAGCUGUUAAGAAUUUAAUAGAACAUAAGCUUAACAACCCAAACACUCUUUAUGAUGCAGUUUUAGAUUUACUGUAUAUAAAUCCUAAUAACCCUACAGAUAUAAAUACUCUUUCUAAAGUCAAUACAAUGAAAAGGAAUAUAUUUGAGUUAAUAGUAGAUAUUGUAUAUAAAGUUAAUUAUACCAAUCAAAAGCUUGAAACUUUUGUAACUGAAAAGAUGUUACCAGAUGAGUUUUCUAUUAAUUUUACACCUAUCAUUAGAUCAUCUUUUAAGUGUUAUGAAUUGACACUUUUAAAUCAAUUAGAACUAAAAGAUCAUUUAGUUAAGGUUAUUGAAACAUAUCAGAGAAGUAUGAGAUCGUGUGUUAAAGAAAAAAUUAUUAGUAAUUUAGUGCCUAAAUUAAAGGAAGAAACAGAUAUUAAAACAAAAAGAAUUAUAUUUAAGAUAUUCUUUUUAAUUAAUAAUCAACCUCAUGAUGAUUUACUUGAAAUUAAAUAUGAUAACAGCAAUGAAUACAUUGGAUUUAUAAGCACACUUAUUCAUGAUGAAAAAUCCACAACAAUUGCUUAUCAAAAGUUAAAUCAUUAUUACAGGAAAUUAACAACCGCACUUAAUAACUUUGUUCAAUAUUCAAAGGUUAAAGAAAAAGCAAUUAAACCCGAAGAUCAAGAAUUAAUUCAUUUGGUUUUACUGACAGUUAGUAAGAUUGUUAAAUUUAAGAAAGAGGUUUGUCUUAAGUUUAUUGGAAUAUUACAAGAUGUGUUAAAAUACCCUUCUACCCCUGAAAUUAAAGCUGUUACUUAUGACAUUUUAAGUGAAUUUUUAGUAGAAAAAGAAAUUUUCAUUCAGUUAAAUAUUAACUGUAAAAAAGAAAUUCAAGAGGAAUUAGAUAGAAAAUCGUUUAUUUUAUUACCAAGUGUAAUCAAAUUUAUUAAUUUGUAUGAGAAGAGACAAGUAGGCGAGAAAAAGUUACUAGAAAAUGGUUAUUCAAUUGGAUCACCGUAUUUAACAGUUGAUGAGCCGGUUGAUGAUUACAAAAUGUUGGCUUUAAAAUCAGAAGAUUUUAAAACUAUGAAGGAAUGUUUAAGUGGUAGUGUGUCAACAAACAUGUUAAAGAUGUGUUCUAGUUCAAUAAGGAAUGCAUGUUUAAAAAAUUCUAAAAUGAUUGAAGAAUUAAUCAAUUAUCAAAUAAGAAAUAACGUGGCAGUUGAUGAUAUUAUUCUUAUUAAUUUGAUUAUUUCCUAUCCAAAUUUAAAUUUCUUUAAAUACGCAAGACUAUUUACAGAUUUUAGUUUCUAUAUUAGGAAAGAAGUUUUAAAUAGAAUUUCUGAAGAUAUCAAAGAAGGAAUUACUUGGUUGAAUGAAUGUUACACAAGAGAAGUAGGAGAAUUUGUAAUAAUUAACUGUAUUUAUUUUAAUGGACUGUUAGAAAAGAAUAGAGAUAUUCAACCAGUAAUAUUAAAACUUUAUUCUAAAAUAUUAGACGAUAACAUUUCAAGAGUGAGAAUUUUGAUUAAACAAGAAAAGGAAGAGAAUUCUGCUGUUGAUACUCUUUAUGUUUAUGAUGACCAGGACUUAGUUAAUGAAGAUUUCUUUUUGAUAUUUUCUAAACAAUUAAUUUACUCAACUUUCUAUAAACAAGGACAGGAUAAUCAACAAUUUAUAUUGACGAAAAGUUAUGCAAGUAGUGGGGUAAUUAAUUAUAUUAAAACUAAGAUAGUUUGUAAGUUAGAUUAUGAAAAAGAUGUUAACUAUCUAAUUACUAAUUUAGUUGAUAUUGAUGAAUUAAUUGGUUAUUUGAAGAUUGUUGAUAGUGAUAAGCAAUUUAAUUAUAAAGUAAGAAACCCAACAGUUUUAACUGAAUUCAACUGUAAGAACUCUUCUUAUUUUUUAAAGAAUUUUAAGAAAGCUUCUCAAUUAGAGAAAUUCUUAUUAUUUUUUUCAAUUGAUGAAAUGAAUCUUCAAAUAGAAUCACUAAUUAAAGCAGAAGUUUUAUGUAACUUGAAAACAACUAAUGAGGUUUAUUUAGAAAUGUGCCUGUUACAGUUAUUUAGGUGUAGUGAUUUAGAUGGAAUGAUAAAAAUACUUGAGAAAAAUUUUAGUAGACAUUCCUUGUUUGCUAAACUUGCACUUCAUAAUCUUAUUAAGGGUGGUAAAUAUCUGAACAAUAAUAUUAUUGAAUUUGCUGAUAAGACAACAGAAGCAAGACUCCUGUUUAUGGCUUAUUACAACAACAUCUGGGAUCGUGAUAAACUCACACAAAUAAUUGAUAGUAUGGAUCUUCAUUCAAAUCAUGAAAUAAAUAAUUAUCUUAGUGAGGUAAUUAAAACUAGAUUCUAA